AUGCCAAUUGGUUGGGAAAGCGGCGUGGCCUGCAUGUGCCUGCAAGCAAGCACUGUGCUGUCCAGCAGGAGUGUACAUUUUUGGAUGCUGGUGCCCCUGGCAAGGGGCAUGGCUGAAAUGCAUUGGUAUGAGCUGUCGACAAUUGAUGCGAACAUUGAGUGGAUGUGCAGGGUAAUCUUGGACCAUUUUGAUGCAAAGACGCUGGGCGUGUGCAGACUUUUGAGUAACGGGCCAUUAGGAAUGAGCAACGUGGAGGGAAUAUUCAUGAUUUGGCUGAUGUUAUUUCCCUGCGCCCCCAGGAUGUCUCAGUGCUGGUACGUUUGGAGUUCUUUUGUGCAGAUACUGGGGCCCUUCUUUGGGAAGCGUGGACUAGAGGGAAUUGUGACUGGAGGUGCCUGUGUGCCGGAGAGUUGA